GCUCCUUGUCGACUUCUCCCGAAGCAAUUGUCCUUCGGACAGUCUGAUCGAGCGCGUCAUAGCUUGAUGUCAGUGCGAUAAGCUACAAGCAAACCCCAAUGGCUUUCCAUCCUCCUCAAAAGGAGGUGCCUCACAACAACCAUGUGGACUACGUCAUCCGCUACAGCUUCACUGAUACGGAUGCCGAUAAACUGUCCCAGCAGCUGGAAUUGCUGCUCCGCCGACUUUCUGAAGUAGGAUUACAGACGGAGGUAAGGGAGGGCGAUGAAACGUCGGUGUUGGUCUUUGUUCGGGCCUCUAGGAAGAAGAGACUGCAACGCGCCGUUUAUCAGUCACGCAUUCGCGACUGGCUCUACGGAGUCCGCAAUACCGAACCCGAAUCCGAGACCUCUGCAGAGCCGCAAUCGGAAUCUGAGCGCUUGCGUGUCAUCCACCAUAUGAUAACCGUGCCCCGGGAAGCGGGUGGGGCCGGAAUUACCCUAAAACAUGGGGAAUGGGAGAAUGUCACUGCUAUUUUUCCGCUACACGACGAAGAAACAAACAAGCAGUGCAUGAGAGACUGGAGCAAGAAGACAUUUCUGUCUAACGAGGACCUGGAUCAAAUACGGAACACCUUUGGAGAAAGUGUUGGCUUCUAUUUCGCGUUCUUGCAGUCGUAUUUCAAGUUCCUGCUGUUUCCCGCCGUUUUUGGGUUCUCUUGCUGGCUGUUGCUUGGGUCUUUCUCAAUAAUUUACACGAUCGGCAAUGCGCUAUGGUGUGUUGUUUUCAUUGAAUACUGGAAGCACCAGGAACAGGAUCUCAGUUGCCGUUGGCAGACUAAGGGCGUCUCGGUCUUGCGCGAAAAGAGACGAGAGUUUCUACCUGAAAAGGAAGUCCGGGAUGAGCAUACGGGCGAAAUCCGAGGUGUAUAUCCCGCGACGAAGCGGUUACAGCGGCAGCUUCUUCAGGUACCAUUUGCAAUCAUUGCCGCUACAGGCUUAGGAGUGAUCAUUGCGACUUGUUUCGCCAUUGAGAUAUUCAUCUCAGAGAUCUACAACGGACCAUUCAAGACGUACUUGGUCUUUAUUCCCACCAUCCUGCUCUCUGCUUUGAUACCAACUAUGAGCGCUGUACUUGUGUCGGUUGCGACAAGGCUGAAUGACUACGAGAACUAUGAGACUCAGCUCGCGUACGAUGUGGCAUUGACGCAGAAAAUAUUUGUGAUCAACUUUAUUACUUCCUACCUACCGAUUUUCCUGACAGCAUUUGUUUAUGUCCCAUUCGCUCACAGUAUCGUGCCGUAUCUCGACAUCUUCCACUUGACUGUUCGGCCCUUCGUCUCGAAGAAGGAUGCGACAACAACACGGGCGGAAUUCAGUAUCGAUCCGAGUCGCCUACGGAAGCAGGUUAUCUACUUCACCGUCACAGCUCAGGCCGUCAAUUUCGCCCAGGAAGCAAUAGUCCCAAUUGUGAAGCAGCGCCUUCUUCAAAAGUACAAGGAGUACAAAAAACGCCACGGAAAGGUAGAGCCGGAUAAUAAUAAUAACAAUAAUAACAAUAAUAAUACGGAGGAGAAAAAGGCGACCGAGGCUUCAUUCAAGGACGCGCCCGAGGAAGCCCAGUUUCUGAAGCGGGUCCGCAAUGAAGCUGAGCUAGACGACUAUGACGUGACUGAUGAUCUCCGGGAAAUGUGUAUUCAGUUUGGGUACCUGGCGCUGUUUUCUCCUAUCUGGCCACUAGUGCCUGUCUCGUUUUUGGUCAACAAUUGGGUUGAGCUUCGAUCCGAUUUCUUCAAGAUCUGCAUGGAAUGCAAGAGGCCAUCGCCUCAACGUGCAGAUACUAUUGGCCCUUGGCUGGACAGUUUAGGAUUCCUAUCCUGGGUUGGAAGUAUUACUAGCGCGGCUCUCGUUUACAUGUUCAGCAAUGGCCAACAGGGCCCGAACGGACAGCCAACAUCGAUCAAAGGAUGGGCGCUACUGCUCACGAUCUUCUUCUGCGAGCACAUUUACCUGCUGGUGCGCUACGCCGUGCGAGCCACCAUUGCCAAAAUGGAGCCCCCCAAUGUACGCCAACAACGAACAGAGCGCUAUCUGCUGAGGAAAAGAUUUCUCGAGUCCACUCUGCAAUCUCGGAGCAGUGAUGAUGAAACCGAAGAGGAAACCACCCCCUACGAUGACCAAUCCCAAGAGGUUUCCGAGAUCACGCGAGCUACUCUUGAAGAUGAUGCUCGCGCAUGGUCCCGACAUGGCACCGACCCCGCAGAGCGUUUCUGGAUGCGUCAGAAGGGAUGGAAGGAAUCGGCGUAUGUCGGUACAUCCAUUAUCCGUGCAUUGACAGUUAAACCGGAAUCGAAGAAGCGACAGUGAUGGCAUGUAUAAAGGUACUUGCACGUAUAUAAGUCUAACCCUCGCAGAGGGUUAUCUC